AUGAUUGUUACGGUUAAUGAUCGAUUGGGGAGUAAGGCGACGGUGCCUUGUCUUCCGUCGGAUACGAUUGGGGAUUUGAAGGUGUUGGUGGCGGCGCAGAUUGGACGUGCACCGAGGGAGAUUAUGUUGAAACGUCAGGGGGAGAGACCGUUUAAGGAUUUCAUUACCUUGGGGGAUUAUAGUAUUCAGAAUGGGGUGCAGUUGGAUUUGGAGAUUGGGACCGGGGAUUAG